CAGUCUUGGAAAAAGUGAUACUUACGAUGACCUAUAUAUUAGGCAGAAGUGCAAUAAUUGGGCCGUCCAGCAUCGUAGGUCGUCUGCAAGAGCAUCUAACGUCACUGGUAUCUAGAUAUGGUCCAGAACAUCGGCAAAGCCCAGUCAGACGAGCUGCCGGCUCUUCUCGAGGUAUCGAGAGCAGCAAUAAGCUACCUACUGGACGGUCUUCAUGUCAGCCCCACGCCCAUGCACCGCGAUUUCGAGCUCGAGUCUCGGGUCAGAGAACUGGCGCAAAGUUGGCCCUUCGGUGAACGUAUCCGCCCUCACAUUGUCACAGCCCUCACAAUCACCGAAACGGCGUAUCAUCACGUGUCGGAUAUGAACGCUAAAGUCGCUAUCACCGUUUUCACCGCUCUCCUUACCUGCAUGGACGAUCCUGGCAAGCACAAUUCCGAUGCCGUAGAUUCCAUCGAUCAUUAUCGGAGGCUUUGCAACGGGUCCGCUAUGCACGACCCCGGAAUGCUUGGAGAACUCAACAGAUGUUUGAAGGGGAUGUGGGAUCUCUACCCGCCCCUCGGAGCGAACGCAAUCUUUAUCGCCACUCUCAAGUUCAUGAAUGGCACAAUGUUGGAGAACUCGGACGAAUCGGCCUUCAGUAACAGCAGCGGAAGCCGUGCAUUCGUGGAAUAUCAGCGAAACCUCACUGGCAUCUCUGAAGCAUAUGCAUUCUUCAUUUGGGACAAGAAAUCGUUCCCCGACUCGCGCGUAUACGAGCGAGCGAUCCCAGACGCUGCAUUGGCUGUAAAUUACGUCAAUGACCUUCUCUCGUUCUACAAGGAGGAAGCUGCAGGUGAAAUGGUGAACUACAUUCACAAUCGCGCUAUCGUCAUGCACAGAUCAGCCGCUCAGACUCUGUGCGAAGUCGCCGACGAGAUUAUCGCCGCGUCUGCCCGUGUUCGCAGCAAUCUCUUGAGCGAGGAUGCGAUAGAUGCAUGGGAUAGCUUCGAGAAGGGCUACAUCAUGUUUCAUAUCGGCGACCCGCGAUAUCGUUUGCAGGAGAUCCUUGGAAUGGAAUACAUGAUAGAUGCAUACUAGAGAUUGUUGUUAGACUGAUAGUACUUUGCUGUAGACGAGUCCCAUUCUACUUGGCGUCCUUCUUCUGUAAAAU